UCUUUUUUUUUAAAAAAAAUAAAACAUCAUGGAUUCUCAAUUUGCUCCUCAACAAGAUGUCGAUAAUAUGGUUGAUUCUGAUAACGUGACGAUCAAUGGAUUCAUGUUCUGCGCACGUCAUGGAUUAGAAUUAUGCAAUAAAUGUCCUACAGAUAAUCGAGGUGCAAAUAACAUGAUAGUGGAGGAUGGAUUGCAUGAAAAACUAUCCGAGGAAGAAUAUAAUACGAAAUGGCAAGGAGAUGAUCGUGAACCAUUCUCAGUGGCACAUCAAUGGACACGUGUAUCCAAUGGCAAGCCUGCUUGUAUGGAACAUAAAGAGGUCGGAUGUAAAGAAUGCUUUGAUUGGGGUGAGAAAUUGUAUCGUGGUAUUCAUGGUCAUCGUAAGCAAAGACAAAGCCGAUUACAUAAAAAAGAUAAACAUCCUCAUGAUGAAAGCCAAAAGGAGAAAGUCAUGCAUUAGUCGUUAUAAAGAUGGGAAUAAUGGAUAUCUUUAUUUGAUCAAAUACAAUAAUAAAAAUAAAAAUAAAAAAA